UCUGACAGCAUUCGGCCUGACGGCCGCCAUGUUGGUGAGGGCGCGAGCGGCGGCGGUCACAACGGCCCUGCCCGGUAUGCGCCGGUUGUGGCGGGGCGGGGGGAGCGGGGCCGCCGCCUGCUUCCCCCUGGGCCGAGCGCUGUUGGACGUACGGGGCGCCGAGACCGCCGUUUUCCUACAGGGGCUCCUCACCAACGACGUCACGCAGUUGGUCGCGGGGGACGGCCCCCCCGCCGCGACAGCCCUGCCGCGCGCGCUUUACGCGCAUGCGCUGAAUGUCCAGGGCCGAUGCUUGUAUGACCUCAUCCUCUACAGGCUUCAUGAGAGUCCAGAAGAAGAGCCACACAUCCUGCUGGAGUGUGACAGUGGUGUGCUGGAUGCCAUACAAAAACAUAUGAAACUGUACAAGAUCAGGAGGAAAGUAAACAUCGCCCCUUGCCUUGACCUCUCUUUGUGGGCCGUCAUCCCUGGGGAGCAGGCUGGAGAUAUUUCCAGUUCCCUUGCAAAACGUGCAGACCAGGCUCCAAUUUUAAGUCCUGACCCCAGAACAGAGGUCAUGGGCUGGAGAGUUAUCACAAAGAAAGGAGUGAAUCUGUCAGAGAUUAUCCCUGGGAGUCAUGUUGGAAACAUUCAGGAUUACCACAGGCACAGGUAUAAACAAGGGAUUCCUGAAGGUGUGAAAGAUCUACCUCCUGGCGUUGCCCUCCCGCUGGAAUCAAACCUGGCCUAUAUGAAUGGCAUCAGCUUCACCAAAGGCUGCUACAUUGGACAGGAGUUGACAGCCAGGACCCACCAUGUGGGUGUCAUUCGCAAGCGGUUGCUGCCAGUUCAGUUUCCAGCUCCUCUUCCCACAGACAGCAUUCCCGAGGGUGCUGAUAUUGUAACUGAAUCAGGAAAGUCAGCCGGCAAGUUCCGUUUUGGAGGAGGUGAACUUGGUAUAGCUCUUCUGAGGUUAGCUAAUGUAAAUGAAGCUCUCUACCUAAAUAGCGGAGGUGAUAAAGUAAAGCUCACUGCAAGAAUACCUGAGUGGUGGCCGAAAACCGCUAGCAAAUAAAUGAGGAACUGGAA